ACGGACGUCGAGGAAGGAGGACCUAGAGCUGACAUUGACAUAGCUAGCUAUUACUCAGCCUGUGAGCACACACCCCCACACACACACACACUCUCACACACACCUGUGGCUCCAGCAGAUUAUUCGGACCAGUACAGAGGAGGACCUCAGCCCGGGUACACGCGGCAAUUAAAUACCCCCCCUCAAACUCCCUGCUGGGAUCUCUGAGGUCAGUUGACUUUGACUUCAGAAAAAUGCAUCUUUGAGCGCAAAGGGAGAGAGCUGCGCCCGACCCAGAGAGAUAAAGAGGAUCAUCUGACAUCUUCUUCAGUUAACAGAUUAAGAAAGGAGAGUUCAAAGAGGGACUGGACAAAAGAGAAAGAAGAUGGAACAGUCUCCACAAAUUUGGCACACACAGGUCGGACCCGAAGACACGACUGGAGGGCUGCAAAAGAAGGUGUCAGUCGUCGGUCAGCCGGAGUGCUCCAUCUGCUGCUACAAUUAUGACAAUGUCUUCAAAGCACCCAAACAGCUGGAGUGCACCCACACCUUCUGCCUGGAGUGUCUCUCCCGCCUCAUGGUUGUCUCGCAGACCGGCGAUGACACCGACGGCAGCAGAGGGCGCCUCUCCUGCCCCUUCUGCCGCCAACUCACCACACUUCCCGAGGAGGGACCCCCGGCCUUGGCCAACAGCGGCGAGGUCCUGGGCAAGCUUCCCGAGCACCAGCAGCAGGUGGAGUCGGUAUAUCUGGAGGGGGAGAAGCUGUGCUACAACAGCUCAAGGCACAGUGCCGACUUGGGCACCUCCGACAGCCCCACGGCCUUCUGCGUCUGCGUUGACAUUGGGGUCAGCAAGGCGGUGGCCGCUCCGACCCAGACACGGCCACGGACUCAUGGCGCGCUGGGCCGGAUCGCGGACUGGAAGAGGAUGGUGCUCUUCAUUGUGCUCAUGGUGCUGCUUGUCGUCAUCGUGUUGUGGCCGCUGCAGUGCGUCUUCAGCACUGGAAACAUGCGCUGUAUGCGACAACGCGUCGACUCCGGCCCCACUACCGUGACCACCACUGUUGCUUUCAACCCAUUCACCAGACCACCGCGUAUGGCGGAGUGAACCUCUCCACUAACUGCACUUCACUGCAACUGUACAUAAUGUAUAAUAUGACACUAAUAUUUGAAAUACUGGACACUAAACCGUUGCUGCGUAAUUUCAGCUUUGAUAAGUGCACUUGAUUAUUACUAGACACAUCUGUCCGCACCUCAGGUUUUCAACUUUCAGCAGAACUACAGAUGUUAAAUCCACUGUGUCUCUUUUUAGUGCCCCCUGGUGGCAGUUUAAGAAACACAAAGACAUGGUGGCAGAUCCCAUCAGGGGACGCCGAGAUGAAAGGGCUGAAAGCAGCACAGACUGCAUCAAUUUCCAGUGGACAUUUGUGUUAUUCUGUCACAUACUACCAGGAUAAGUUGAAUUAUUGUGAAUAUUUAAAUUAUAAUCACAUAAAAAUUCUGCACAUGGCGGCUUUAACUCUACAAAGCUGGAAUUUAUCCUUCUCCACGGUAUACAUCAGCAGUACUACACUACUAAACUACACUUAAAUAUCUGGUUGGCUGAAGAACAACAAAUAGUGAAUGAAUGUAAUCACAAUGUGUCAGCUGACAACUUUAUAUAUUGUACAGAUGAUUUGUGUGUGUUUUGAUAUGACUUUGUUUACAGAACUGUAAUAAAAAAUGUGAGGUAUUUACUCAGAUCAUGUUUCUGGGAAAUAACAAAACAUUUGUCUACGAUUUCCUCGUUAUUAAGAUGGAUGUCAUUUAAUUGUGGUUCAUCGUGAUCAUCAUCUCUUAAAAACUAAAUUUACUGCAGCAUCAGUUGGUGGAUUAAUCUGUCAGAGGAGCAAGUGUAGUAAAUUCCCCUCGAACAACUCACAGCUCCUGAAGCGCUUGAAUGCAAAUUAGAAACAAGUCUUAGUUUCAGGGUUAAGUUCGUCAUUUCCUCCUUAUCUGAACCUUUAACCUUUCACUAUAAAAAUCAAAGUUUAACAGGAAGUUUCCUUUAUUUAUUCCUGACUUAGGUGUGUCAGAUGAAGGUUUUUCCGAGCAGCUCCCACGUGACGUGGUUGAUAAGACGGUUACAAUAAAUCCCAGCAUUAGUUUGGGACUGGCUGUAAUAAAAGUGGAACGUCCUGCAGCUCCAUUUAAACUUCCAGUAAACACAGUUAACCAAUAAACGCAGAGUGAAGCCAAAAAACACUUAGCAAUGGCUUGAAAAUGGCUUUCUCUAAAUAAAUAAAAGGUAAAAAAAAAAAGAAAAAGGAAGACAAUAAUAAAUGUUGUUUGUAAAAAUAUUAAUAAAAGCUUCUUGUUAGUUGGCAUUUUGGUCUCGGGUAUUUAAGCGAAACCUUUCAAGCCUACAAUGAAUUUUUUCAGUGUGUUGUUUGUUUUUACUCCAUUAAAGCAGAAUAAACAGCCUAUUUUCUUGCGGAUGGCAGCUACUUAAAACUUUUUUAUUCAACAGUUAAUGCCAAAAGCAGAUAAAGUGCUGAAAAUAACAGUAAAACAAACUCAUCAUUCCUGAUUUCCCCUCCCCUUAUAUUUACUUUCUUGUGAGUUAUGAAGCACAAUUUCUACAGGCUCCUUCAACCAUGGAGCGGUCCGUCAUUACUCGAGAAACUGGUGCUUUUCUGCGGCGCCUUGUUUUUCAGUAUUUAUAUUAGUUAGUCAACAUUAGGUGAAAUUCUCAGGCCACGAUGCAGGUUUUUGUUUUUUUUCCCCCCAGUAUAGAGCACUUUUCAAAUUGAAGACAAAACUUGGAGUGGAGAGGAUGGAGAGCCACAGCAGGGUUCAGCUCAAACAACAGUUCAUAACACACCGCCUUGUGUUCUCUGCUGCUUCUCCACUACAUGUACUUCACCCGCAGGCAAAACACAGAAAGUUGCUUGUUAAACUCACAUUUCUUUCACUUUUUGGGCAAAGUUUCUCCAACCUUUUCCCCAAAACUCUCCUUAUUAGUGUGGAGAAGGUCCCCAAUCUUAAAAAUAAAUAGAUAAACCUGCGAACACGACAGAAACAAGCAAAACGUCACGUGUGACUUUACAUAGUGCCAUCGUAGAUUUUUAUUAAACUAUAUGAUAAUAAAACAUUUCGAUGCCAUUUUUCUGGCAGCUCAUUGCAUCAGCAGUUGUAGCCUAUACAGCAAAAAAAGGCGUUUGGGCAGAGCCAGUGCAAGAAGAGGAGGAAAGGGGAGGAGCCUCCACCGAACAACAUGGGAGCACUCAGUAUACCACGACUCACUUCCGCCAUACUGCCACCAACAGAGGAACAAGGAAUAAAAAUUAAAAAAACAAAGAAAGAAAAAGAGCAAACAAACAAAUUUUUUUUUUAAAAUAU